GAGACUGUCUCAAACAAAACAAAACACAAGUGGUGUUACAGUUGUUAACUUGAUUCAUUCCAUCUCAGCACCCCUCCGGCAGGCUGUCCCAAUACUGCUCCCUACCUCUGUGUGUCUCUCAGGUCCCCAGGAAAUAUUUUGAACCAGCUUCCUAUUUCUGGAGGCCCCGAGACUCCAGGCAGAUGCAGAGCCUGUUUUCCCUACAAUUGGUCACUGUGCGUUCCAGGUGUUCAAGCCAGCAAAGCAAGGGCAGAGACGGUAGAGAGACACAGACUGGAGGGGCAGAGACAUGGAGGGAAAUUAAACAGGGAGAGAGCAUCCCAAACCUGCCUUCAUGCCCAGCAGGUGCCCCACCUGUCCUGUCCUCCCAGGUCAGCCUCAGCCAGUGCUGCAGGCAGUGUGACUCACAGUUCGCUGGGUGACACCUGAGGAGCAACAGCAGAGAGAAGAUGGCCCAGGUCCUGCAUGUGCCUGCCCCAUUCCCAGGGACUCCUGGCCAGGCCUCCCCCGCAACCUUCCCCAGCAAAGAGCCAGAGCCGCCCUACUCCGUCGAGACGCCCUACGGCUACCGCCUGGACCUGGACUUUCUUAAGUAUGUGGAUGACAUUGAGAAGGGCCACACAUUGCGCAGGGUGGCGGUGCAGCGCCGUCCGCGCCUGGGCUCCCUGCCGCGGGGCCCGGGCUCCUGGUGGACGUCCACGGAGUCGCUGUGCUCUGAUGCCAGUGGGGACAGCCGGCACUCGGCCUACUCCUACUGUGGCCGUGGCUUCUACCCACAGUACGGAGCCCUGGAGACCCGCGGUGGCUCCAACCCACGUGUGGAGCGCACGCUGCUGGACGCACGGCGCCGGCUGGAGGACCAGGCAGCCGCUCCGUCGGGUGGUCUGGGCUCCCUGACGCCCAGCGCUGCAGGCUCCACCAGCUCCCUGGCAGGAGUGGGGUUGCUACCGCCCACACCUCGCAGCUCGGGCCUGUCCACCCCGGUACCACCCAGUGCAGGUCACCUGGCCCAUGUGCGCGAACAGAUGGCUGCGGCCCUGCGCAAGCUGCGCCAGCUGGAAGAGCAGGUCAAGCUGAUCCCCGUGCUCCAGGUCAAGCUUUCGGUGCUCCAGGAAGAGAAGAGACAGCUCACCGUGCAACUCAAGAGCCAGAAGUUUCUAGGCCACUCCUCAGGGACACGAGGCCGGGGUGAGCUCUGCCUGGACCUUCCAGAGCCCCCCGAGGACCCUGCUGUGCUAGAGACCCGCUCUGUGGGCACCUGGGUCCGAGAACGGGACUUGGGCAUUCCAGAUGGUGAAGCUGCCCUAGUGGCUAAAGUGGCCGUGUUGGAAACCCAGCUCAAAAAAGCGCUGCAGGAGCUACGGGCGACUCAGACCCAGCAGGCCAACCUCCAGCCCCAGGCCUGGCCACCACCAGACACCCAGGUCCGUGUGGACACCGUGAGAGUGGUGGAAGGUCCCCGGGAAGUGGAGGUGGCAGCCAGCACGGCAGCAGGGGCCCCUGCACAGCGAGCCCAGAGUCUGGAACCCUACGGAGCAGGGCUGAAGGCCCUAUCGACAUCUGGGGGCACAGACAACACCCUCGUGUUCCGCACCCAUGAGGUGGUGGAGACCUUGUGUCCCCUGCCUGCAGCCACCACCAGUAACAUGCACACAGCCAAGAAGAUCAGUAUCACAGAGCGAAGUGGCACUGGCGUGGCCAGGACUUCAGGUGUUCCACAGUCUCCUGUAGACCCUUCUUCCUCUGCUGUACACCCUCCUGCAGCUUCCACAAAACAGUCUGAGAACCCUGGCCAGGCAGCUGCCCCGGACACCACUGACAGGGAGCCUCCCAGGCCGUCAGCAUCCCAGGAGCCACAAGUGGCUGAGGGAGCAGGCAGAGUCUUUGUGGGAGUGCAGUCUACCAUGAAGAGGACAGAGGACCCUGCAGACCCUGGAGUCCACCAGAGGAGCCUCCAGUUUGUGGGAGUCAACGGCGGGUAUGAGUCCUCCUCAGAAGACUCCAGCACAGCAGAAAACUCAGAACACGAGAGCACAGAGAACGAAGCCCCAGAGAUACCAGCAAGGGUUCUGAGCAUGGCUGAAUGCCCUCAGGUUAGGCCUCCAGGGACUGCAGCGGCCAAGACCAGUCUGGAAGAGAGCCAACUCCCCCAGGAAGCUCAGCACAAACCCACAGCUGAGGUGACAUCAGGACCCAACUCUGAGGAGGAAAUUCGGAUGGAUCUGAGCCCUGACCUCAUCUCAGCCUGCUUGGCCCUGGAGAAAUACCUGGAGAACCCUAAUGCCCUCACUGAGCGAGAACUGAAAGUGGCCUAUACCACGGUACUUCAGGAAUGGCUGCGCCUGGCCUGCCGGAGUGAUGCACACCCCGAGCUUGUGCGACGACAUCUGGUCACCUUCAGGGCCAUGUCUGCCCGGCUGCUGGACUAUGUGGUCAACAUCGCCGACAGCAACGGCAACACGGCCCUGCACUAUUCCGUGUCACACGCCAACUUCCCUGUGGUGCGGCAGCUGCUGGACAGCGGUGUCUGUCAGGUGGACAAACUGAACCGUGCUGGCUACAGCCCCAUCAUGCUCACUGCUCUGGCCACCCUGAAGACCCAGGAUGACAUAGAGACCAUCCUUCAACUCUUCCGGCUUGGGAAUGUGAACGCCAAAGCCAGCCAGGCAGGACAGACGGCGCUGAUGCUGGCAGUCAGCCACGGACGGGUGGAUGUGGUGAAAGCUCUGUUGGCCUGCGAGGUGGAUGUCAACGUGCAGGACGAGGAUGGCUCCACAGCCCUAAUGUGUGCGUGUGAGCACGGACACAAGGAGAUCACCGGGCUCCUGCUGGCUGUGCCUAACUGUGACAUCUCACUUACGGACCGAGAUGGGAGCACGGCACUGAUGGUGGCCCUGGAUGCGGGGCAGAGCGAGAUUGCAUCUAUGCUGUACUCACGCAUGAACAUCAAGUGCUCGAUCGCUCCCAUGUCAGACUGUGAGAGUCCGGCAUCCUCCUCAGCUGAAGAGUGAACACAGGGAGAGGCCAGUGAUUUCCCCAGGGACAUGCCAGCCGCACAGCCGCACAGCAAACCGUCCCUCCCCUCAUCCCACCGGCCCUCUGCGCUUCCUCAGCCUUCCCCUCCAAGGCAAACCUCCUCCACUCCUCUGGGGGAGUCCUGACAUCCACCAGACUCCAGCUCCACAAGGCCUUUCCCAGCACCCUGGGUUCAAAGCCAUAUUCAAAGCCAAAAAGCCAAGCUACAUUCUCCUCCCAGUUGGCGCCAGUUGCUGACACUCGGGUGUGGGUUUCUUAUGUAGAACAAUCAGCCAGCAAUUGUGGGAGGAGUGGGGGCAAGAGGGAAAAUACUGUAUUUUUGAGUCAUUGUUAGGGGAAGGGAGGGGUCAGAAUUUGAGUUGCUAAAUUCGAAUGUCACUGGAAUGUUACAGUCUCCUUUGUCCUGACUUCACUAUAGCAGGUCUCCACAGGCCUGCUUAAUGCCCUUUGUCGCCUCAUUUUAUUGUCUAGUG